AUGGCCGGGCAAUACCAAGACGCAUCUAAGCUUGCGUACACUGCGUUUGAAAUCUUCCAGCCUGCAAUGGACAACGUACUCGCCGAACAGGCGCGUGCGCUGUACGCAGGAACAUGGACAAGUCAGGAUGGGAAGAGCAAGGCGUCAAUCGUGGUGGACAAGGGCACGUUAUACAUUGAGAAUCUCCUGCUGGACGAUACAGAUAUCCUGCUUAUGUUCCAUGCCUCGGAGAGACUCGCUCUUCGGUCGUCAGGAAGGAGAGAUGAGCUCCGGCUCGACACAGGCAUCCCCGGAUACAACGGCCUGAAGCAUAUGGGAUGUUAUCCAUACUGGAAUGGCCAGGAUCUGUGGGGCGUUCGCAACAAUGCACCCAUAAACGUGAUUUAUUUCAGAGGUCCUAGUGCUAAUCGCACCUUACAUGUUCCUGCUGCCGACAUCAUCAUGACUCGCGUUUGA